AUGACCUCGACCUCAACCUCGACCUCGACCUCGGCCUCGGCCUCGACCGCCAAGUCGCAGCGCAUCCGGGUCGGCAUCAUCGGGGCGGGCGAGGUGACGCAGGUGGUGCACCUCCCCACGCUUGCCUACCUCUUUGACCGGUACGUCGUGACGGCGCUGUGCGACGUCUCGGCCGAGGCGGUGGCCUACUCGGCGUCCAAGUGGGGCAUCGCGCGCACCUACACCUCGAGCGCCGAGCUGGUAGCCUCGCCGGACGUCGACCUGGUCCUGAUUGCGAAUAGCGACGAGUACCACGUCUCGUGCGCCCUCGACGCUGCGCGGGCGGGAAAGCACGUCUUUAUCGAAAAGCCAAUGGCCCUCACCCACCGCCAGGCCCAGGCCGUGCACGACGCCGCGCACCAGCACGGCGUAAAGAUCUACGUCGGAUACAUGCGCCGGUACGCUCCGGCGUUUGACGAGUUCCGCCGCCUGCUGCGCGACUGCGGACCCAUCCGCCACGCCAUCGUCAAGGACAUCGUCGGGCCCAACGCCUUUUUCGUCGCCCAGUCGGCCACCGAGCCGCGCAAGUUUGUCAACGACAUCCCCGCCGACGCCGCCGAGGACAAGGCGCGCCUCGCCAGGGACAUCCUCGUCGAGGCGCUCGGCGACGACAGGGCCGCAUCGCCCCGCCUCGCCGCCGUCUACCGCCUCCUCGGCUCCCUGGGCAGCCACGACCUCAGCUUCAUGCGCGAGGCCCUCGGCGGCCCGCCCACGCGCUGCACCAGCGCGUUUGCCUCGCACGACGGCCAGUUCAUCUCGGCCCAGUUCGAGUACCACGGCCGCCGCACCACCCAGGCCUCGAGCGCCGACCCCAAACACGAGCAGCAGCCCCCCUUCAGCGUCCUGUACACGACGGGCAUCCACAACGUCGGCGUGUUCGAGAGCUUCCUCGAGGUGUACACCGACGACCGCAUCCUCCGCAUCGACAUCGACACGCCCUACGUCAAGGGCCUGCCCCUCCGCGUCACGGUCAAGGAAAACGACGAGCGCGGAAUCUACUCGGAGCGCAUCGUCCGCACCAGCUACAAGGACGCCUACACGGCCCAGUUUGAGCAGCUCCACGACGCCAUCACCACCGGCACCGACCUCAAGACGACGCCCGCCGACGCCGCACAGGACCUCGUCGUGUUUGACAUGAUCAUGCAGAAGCUCGAGGCGUGA